UCACACGCACACACACACACAGAAAAAAUGAAAGGAGAGACGCAGUCGCACCACCACAGAAGCACCCCGAAGAUAGUCCUCCUCGUCACCAUCCUCUUUGCCCUCCUUAUCAUCAUCUCCCUCUACAACCCUUUCCUCUCUCAGCCCCUCCUCCUCCUCUCCUCAAGAACCACGUCCUCCUCCUCCUCCUCCUCCUCCUCCUCGGACGAUGCCGUUGUCGUCGCCCGCAAAGAAGAUGACCUCGCUGUUGACCCGAGAGCGGCAGAGACCUGCGACAUAUUCACGGGGGAGUGGGUGCCGAACCCGAGGGCGCCGUACUACACGAACAAGACCUGCUGGGCGAUCCACGAGCACCAGAACUGCAUGAAGUACGGGCGGCCCGACGACGGGUUCAUGAAGUGGCGGUGGAAGCCCCACGGCUGCGAGCUCCCCCUCUUCAACCCGGCGCAGUUCCUGGAGCUGGUGAGGGGCAAGUCCAUGGCCUUUGUGGGUGACUCCGUGGCCAGGAACCAAAUGCAGUCCAUGAUUUGCCUCCUUUCUAGGGUGGAAUAUCCGAUCGAUGUCUCGCACACGCCGGACGAGAACUACAAGCGCUGGAGGUACUUGACCUACAACUUCACGCUCGCCAACUUUUGGACGCCCCACCUGGUCAAGUCCAUGGAGUCGGACCCAAACGGGCCGAGCAAGACCGGCCUCUUCAGCCUCCACCUCGACCAGGCCGACGACAAGUGGACGUCCGAGGCCGGGGAGUUCGAUUACCUGAUCAUCUCUGCCGGACACUGGUUCUACCGGUCGCUGGUGUUUUACGAGAACAGCAAAAUUGUGGGGUGCCAUUUUUGCUUGCUAGAGAACGUCCCGGACUUGACCAAAUUCUACGGCUAUAGGAAGGCGUUCAGGACGGCAUUCAAGGCCAUUAACGGGCUCAAGAACUACAAGGGCAUCACCUAUCUGAGGACCUACACACCUUCUCACUUUGAAGGUGGGAUUUGGAACCAGGGCGGUAAUUGCCUGCGGACGAGACCGUCCCGGAGCAACGAGACCACACUUGCCGACGAGAACCUGGAGCUGUACAUGAUCCAAGUGGAGGAGUUCCGGAAGGCCGAGCAGGAAGGGAGGGAGAAGGGGCUCAAGUACCGGCUGCUCGACACGACGCAGGCGAUGCUGCUUCGGCCCGACGGCCACCCGAGCAGGUACGGGCACUGGGCGCACGAGAACGUGACCCUGUACAACGACUGCGUGCACUGGUGUCUGCCGGGGGCGAUCGACACGUGGGGCGACAUCCUGCUCGAGAUGCUGAAGACCGAGGGCCGGAGGUCGAGGGAAGAGAAGCUCCGGUUCAGCGACCGGAAGUUGAAGGCCUAGCGCACGCAAUAGUCCUAGUACAUAAGUUUAAUCUGUCGAUUGGUAAUGUCACUUCUUUGUUGGGGAAGGGAGAUUGGAGAAAU